CUCUUCCUCCUCCCUUUGCCCUGGCAGCAGCUGUCUUGGAGAGUGGCAGCCUGGGUGCACUGCAGCUGCUGCUGUUGCUGUUGCUGCUGCUGCAUUCAGGCCCUUGUGCCAGCUGAGCCCACAUGCCACCCCAUGCCAGGCUUCCCUGAAGAGCCGGGGGGGCCAGAGGCAGAAGAGAGACCCCCUUCUUCCCUCCAGCUGGGCUCCAAGCGUCCUUCCUCUCCUGCCGUGCCUCCCCUGAGUUCGAAACACUCUGACACGGCCCUCCUCCUCCUUACCUCUAUGCGCACAACAGCCCUGUAAGCCCCCUUUCCGAAGAAGACCGCCGCCAUGAGUCGCCGGGUGGUGCGUCAGAGCAAAUUCCGGCAUGUUUUCGGGCAGCCGGUCAAGGCGGACCAGAUGUACGAAGACAUCCGCGUCUCCAAAGUGACCUGGGACAGCUCCUUCUGCGCCGUCAACCCCAAAUUCGUGGCCAUCAUCGUGGAGUCCGGAGGCGGAGGAGCCUUCAUGGUGCUGCCUCUGCACAAGACCGGCCGGGUGGAUAAGAAUAUCCCUUUGGUGGCCGGGCAUACGGCCCCCGUCCUGGACAUCGACUGGUGCCCCCACAACGACAACGUCAUCGCCAGCGCCUCCGAAGACACGACGGUCAUGGUUUGGCAAAUCCCGGACUACAUCCCAACCCGCAACAUGACGGAGCCCAUCGUCACCCUGGAAGGGCAUUCCAAGCGCGUGGGCAUCCUCACCUGGCACCCCACAGCACGCAACAUCCUUCUCAGCGCGGGGGGCGACAACGUCAUUAUCCUCUGGAACGUGGGGACGGGAGAAGCCCUCUUGACGCUGGAUGACCUCCACACCGACCUCAUCUACAACGUCUGCUGGAACCACAACGGGAGCCUCUUUGUCACCACCUGCAAAGACAAGCACCUGCGCAUCAUCGACCCCCGGAAGCGCCUCGUGGUCGCAGAGAAAUGCAAGCCUCACGAAGGGGCCAGGCCGGUCCGGGCCACCUUUAUGGCCGAUGGCAAAGUCUUCACCACCGGUUUUAGCAAGAUGAGUGAGCGGCAGCUGGCCCUGUGGGACCUGAAAAACUUUGAGGAGCCAAUAGCCCUCCAAGAGAUGGACACAAGCAACGGGGUUCUCCUUCCCUUCUAUGACCCUGAUUCCAGCAUCGUCUACCUGUGUGGCAAGGGCGACAGUAGCAUCCGGUACUUUGAGAUCACCGACGAGGCGCCCUACGUCCAUUACCUGAACACCUUUAGCAGCAAGGAACCCCAACGCGGCAUGGGAUUCAUGCCCAAGAGAGGGCUGGAUGUCAGCAAAUGUGAAAUUGCCAGGUUCUUCAAGCUGCACGAACGUAAAUGUGAGCCCAUCGUGAUGAUAGUGCCCCGAAAGUCUGACCUUUUCCAAGAUGACUUGUACCCGGACACGCCGGGCCCUGAGCCGGCCUUAGAAGCGGACGAGUGGUUGUCGGGAAAAGACGCUGAACCCAUCCUGGUUUCGCUACGGGACGGAUACGUCCCCGUCAAGAACCGUGAGCUCAAAGUCACCAAAAAGAACAUCCUCGACAGCCGGCCUCCGGUGGGACCUCGGCGGAGCCAGUCAACCUGCGACUCCAAUUUUUCACGCUUGGCUCUUGAGGAACUCCUGGAAGACAUCAGGUCCCUGCGACAGACGGUCCAAGCCCACGAGAAACGCAUUUCCGACCUGGAAAACAAACUCUGCCAGUUCACCAACGGGACGGACUAACCUGCCCUUGCAUCGCCAUGCCGGAUGUAUUCCGCACCGCCUUCCCUCGGGAGGCCAAGAUUCCACUUUUGUCAGCAUUUCUUUCCUUAUUUUCCUCGUCCUUCCGGAAACCUCCGCUGCUUUACAUCCCCGUGGCUCAGCAGAUGUUCAAUGGGACGGAGAGAGGGGAGAUGUGGGACUGGGGACAGCCCUUCUCUCUGCCCCCCUUGGCUUGGACACUGGCAUCUCUUCCUCCUCUGCGGAUGUGCUUGGACACCCUCGGGACAGUGGCGCAGAGGCCAGUGCGCUAAUCACUGUGAAAGCCAGCCUGUCCCCUCCGUCUUUGGCCAACUGAGGCUGGGCUGCUCCAUUCCCCCUCUCUACCUCCUUUCCCUCCCUCUCCUCCCCAAAGAAUGGGGCAAAUAUGGGGCAUGGGGAGGUAGAUUUGCCAUGUAUUUGGUGUGAAUUUUUGGGGAUGCAGUGGAUGGGAAAUUUGAGCAUUUUAUGGUUGCACGGUGUUAGAAAUUCAGCUGGAGAAAGCAACAAGCAAAGCUCGGUGUCUCUCAUCUGGAGGGACUACAACUCCCAGGGCUGUCCACCCCAAGAGGGAGGGGAGUUUGGGAGAUGUAGUCCCCCCAAAAGGAACGUUUCCAAGGUCUUGGGAAAAGGAGGUUGGUGGGUUUUUGUGUGUGUAAUAUCAGGGACCCUGCUGGCGGGGGACACCUGGGUUGGCGAUGGGAAUGAGAGGGAAAGGAUUUGCCAAACAUGCUGGAAAGGACCUAACCGAGUCCUCUUCUCCAUUUGUGCGUGAGAUGUGUGUCCGCACUAUGUAUCAGUUGCAGAGGGAAGGUGUAAGGGUUUGCUAUUGGUCUCCCGACCACGGUAAGUCAUACAUCCCCCAUUGGGCCUAGGACUGGGGUGGAAGGUUCAAGGGGGUGGCAUUUUCUUUCUGCACCCCAAAAUGCGUCUUGCAAAGUUGCCAUCUCUCUUGAGCUGGUGGGGCAGGGAAUGUGGGGAGAGAAGGACCUAUGCUCAUAUAUGCUGAUUAAAAUACCUGUGCAUUUAAAAAA